AUGGACUAUGCCACCAGUCACGACGGGAUCCUGGAAGUCAGGUGGAAAGACAACAAGGUUGUCACUUUACUAUCAAAUGACCUGGGGAUAGAGACCAUUUCUGGUAUCAGCCGGUACUGCAGUGACACCAAGCAGAAAAAGGAGGUGACUUGUCCUUCAGUAAUCAAGAACUACAAUGCCAACAUGGGUGGCAUUGACAAAAGCGACAUGCUAGUCCAUCUCUUCAAAACUCCCAUGAAGUAUAAAAGGUGGCACUUACGCUUGUUCGCUUAUACCAUCGACAUUAGUGUAACCAAUGCCUGGCUCCUGUAUCGGCGGGACUGCAAGGCUCUUGGUGAACAAUCUAAUCCGUCACUCAAAGAUUUCCGACUUCAAGUUUUCUGGUGUGCCUGCAGCAAAAGGCCAAUGACAAGUCGCCCACAAAAGUCUUUAGCCUUUCCAGUCCUCAGCACCACUGUUGAGGUCCCCAAGCCUGUCCGAGGACACAGAAGUCACACACCUGAUAAGUCCCAGAGGUUUCACCUUACCCUCUUCUAUGCCCCUGUUCACAGCAGCCGCCAGACCUGCAAGUACUGCAGUAAGAAGGGGAAUAUCCUGAGAUCAAACAUAGUCUGCAGUGUCUGCAAGGUCCACCUGUGCCUCAAUGCUGAUCGCAACUGCUUCAUCAAGUACCAUGAAACAGUUGCCUAA